AUGUUCACCCUUCCAUUCCUUUUGGCUGCUGGCAGUCUCCCCCUCAUUUCUGGGGCUCCAGUCGCAUCCUCUCUCUUCAGCUCGUCUGUCGAUACAGUGGCGUCCAAACAUUCCCUCAGUGGACGCAGUACCAACACUUAUGCUGCCGUUUUUGGCGGUGACGGUUUAGUUUCCGAUGGGUGGCCCAGCAUCUCUGAAUGGAUCUCGGACUUUGAAACCAUGUUCGAGAGCAAUAAGGACGUUAUGAGCUCCAGCUGCUCGCAGUGGAGUGUUGAGAACCCUACCGAGGAGGAGAUGGGUUAUAUCAAGAGCUCCAUCAAGUCCGUGGCCGAGUCCACCAGUGUCGAUGCUCGUUUCAUUUUGGCCAUCGUGAUGCAAGAAAGCAACGGCUGUGUCCGUGUCCCGACCACCGACAACGGCGUGACCAAUCCGGGUCUCAUGCAAUCCCACGAUGGUACUGGUACCUGCAACUCGGGCAGUGAGGUCUCCACUCCUUGCAUCGAGUCCGAGAUCAAGCAAAUGAUUCAGGAUGGCGCUGGCGGGACCUCCGCCGGUGCUGGCCUCCAGCAGUGCUUGGCUCAGUAUGGCACCGAUGCUACCGCCUACUACAAGGCCGCUCGCUGCUACAAUUCCGGCUCGGUUGACUCCAGUGGAAACCUCGGCGCUGGUGGUGCCACGCACUGCUACGUCUCGGACGUCGCCAACCGUCUCCUGGGCUGGUCCGAAGGCACCAGUAGCUGUGACCCGGAUACUAUCGGUAGCCUCACUGGUUCUUCGUGGACCGGCAGCUCUUCCUCUGGCAGCUCCGGCAGCUCCUCAGGAACUGCCUCCACUGCAACCUCUACUGCCACCAGCACCUCCAGCACCGCUGCUGAGCCUACGGAUACCUUCACGCCCACCACCACGCCUAGCGUGCCUGUUCAGACUGGUGGUUCGGAGCCCGUCACCAUUGUUCCAACCCCAACCGUCACCGCAACUCCUACGGCCACGGCCACCCCGUCCGCGUCGGCCUCGGGGGCUCCCUUGUACCCCUAUGCCACUUCGUCUUGCGAGCAGUACUACACUGUUGUUAAGGGCGACUACUGCCGCAAGGUCGAGGUGCAAUACGGCAUCACUGCGUCCCAACUCCAAGGCUGGAAUCCGGGUUUGGACGACGCCUGCACAAAUCUCUGGAAGGGAUACCAGUAUUGUGUUAAGGCGUAA